UUAUUAUUGUACAUGGCUAAUCGCGAUGUGUUCUCCAAGAUCUUGCCCAACGUCAAGUUGGCAACGCGCUACGAUGCGGAGGGCCGCGAAAUUCAGGUGGAACGCCGCGAGGAUUCAGAUGCUGCCGCCAAAGAGUUGGACACAUUUGAUAUGCUUGUCGCUGCCGGCUAUUACAGAGCACGCAUCAAGGGUUUAUCCGCCUUCGACAAAGUUGUGGGCGGGAUGACCUGGUGCAUUGAGUGCUGUGAUUACGAUGUUGACGUCGACCUACUCUUCCAUGAAAAUCUAACGAUUGGGCAAAAGAUCGCGCUUGUGGAGAAGAUUGUCGCUGUUCUGAUUGACAUGAAGUGCCCGCAUAGCUUGGAACCGCAUCAGGUGCAGGGCUUGGAGUUUCUAGCAAUACAUCCAGUUAUUCAAUGGCUUGUAAAGACCUCUGUGGAAAAUCGUGAGGAGCGUGGCCAGCGCCUGAAGAGAUUCGCAAUUGGCCAAUUCCACAACGACUAUCAGUAUAAAAGCGAUAAAGAUAAUCUAACAAAAAUACGUUAUGCCGCCGUUAACAUCAAAGCAAUACAGGAGCUUUACAGUCCCAAAAGGCAAUACGAGCGCCAGGAGGCAAAUACCGAUGAUGAUGCGUUGCGUGUGCGUCUCACUUUGAUGGAGUACGACGAUCAGAAAAUGGGCUCAAAUGCAGACCAAAUGGAAACGGAGCCCGAGCUGGAGAGAAAGCUGCAGCAGCUCGCUAUCACAAAGGAAUCCACAAAACGCAUCGAUCUAGAUCCCGUGGCUCGUAGCGCACUGCAACAGCAUUAUGCGGAAUUUAAGAUGGAAAUGGAAACAGAUGCACAAGAGCUAAAAUCGCAGAAUCAACAGAAACGCUUGGAGGCGGCCAAAAUAGCGCUGGAGCACAAGAUCAAACGCUACAAGAAAGACAACGAGCAGCUGGAAGAGACGAUGGAAGCACAAAAGAAACAAACUGAGCAGCACGAACAAAAGCUGCAAACGCUCAAGGCACAACUGGAUGCAUACAAGCAAACGGAAGCGAAUGCAGACACGGAUUUGCUGGAGAAGGUGCGCGGUUUGCUGCAGCAGCAUGAUGAGCUAAAGAAAAGUGAGUCGGAGUUCAAGGAAAGCUGUCGAACGGAUCUGGCCAACUUGCAGCAGCAAAUUGACGAAUUGGAGGCCUUUAAUGCACAGGAUGCGGAGGCGCAGGCGGCGGCAAUAGAGGGCGAGCAGCAGCGCUUGCAGGAGCUGCGAUUGCUCUUAGCCAAGCGCAAUCGUGGCAUUGUGGCCAUUGAACGCAAAUUAGAUGCAAUACCCGAUCGCACAGAGCUGGCGCAGUACCAGAGACGCUUCCACGAGCUGUACAACGAGAUGAGUGCCAAACAUUUAGAGACUAAGCAAUAUUAUACACUCUACAACACACUGAACGACAAGAAGCGCUAUCUCGAAAAGGAGCUAUCGCUGCUCAACUCCAUUUGCGAGGCCUACAACGAGGGCAUGCUCAGUCCGCACGGCCGCGAGGACUUCAUACGGCAAUUUGAGACGAUUGUCGACGGUGUGAAGAGCGCCCAGGACAAGGUGCGUCACAAGUACAACGAGGAGCGCAUGCGACGCGACGAGCUCAACGAGGAGCUGCUCGGCCUGCUCGAACUGCAGCGCCAAUACGCAACGGCUGUGAAGCAGCUCACCAGAGAGUGCCAGCGUUGCGAGCAGCUGCAGCAGCAUCUCAAGUCAAUUCAAAAAUAAUAGGAAGGCAAUUUCAAUUACAAAUAUUGUUAAGAG